AUGCUCGGGCUGUUAAGGCUCAACUAUGGUCUUUGUGUACACGCACUGAAGCCGACAUUGGAGUGGCCAAUUCAUCGCCUUUGUCAAUCCAUCCGGCUGCGGAAAGACAACCGUGAUAUCUUACUAAAGAGAUUCUACAACCCUUACCAACCGAUAGUUCUUAUCAACGAAACCACGACUCUUCGAAAGAACCAUCCGCAACAAUAUAAUCCUCGGACUCAGCAAUCCUGA